CCGCCCAUCUCUGAAAAUUUACUGAUGGAGUCAUCAGAAAAGGAAAUCAUUCCUUUGAGUGAUCUGCCCCCAAAACAUGACUCGGAAAGCAUCGCAGACAAACCUUCAACAUCAGGCGCCACCGAUCUGGUGCCUGCUAAGUUUCCAUCCAGACCCAGGCGAAAAGUUGUGAUCCUCGUCGUUGUCAUCGCAGUGGUUGUUUUUGUUAUUAUUGCAGCAACCCUCAUGGGGAAAUACAUUCCUGAAUAUCUUGGCAACGCUAACAGCAAAUCUAAACAAGAGUCCGGAGACCCCGAAGGAACCACUUCCACUGGAAUUCCCUCCUAUUCUAAAGCAGCCACGACAAAACCUUCCCUAAUUGCCACAUCGGCAGACUACCAGCAGGGAAAAACAUUUUCACUUCCGAAUGCAGCAACGUUAAGCACAAAUGCAGUUAAAGCGAGUGACUCGGCAAUCAUGCCGUCCUCAUGGAGCAGCAUCACUUCGGAGAGCAGCAAAGCUACCCAUAUGUCAAUCAUAGCAAAUCUUGUUCUUAACACAGAAUCCAAGUGGUCUCGUUGGAGUUCUUGGAAUGACUGCUCCAAAACAUGUGGUAUUGGUUCACGAUACAGAAACAGAACAUGUUUGGCAAUUAAUCCAAGAUCAGUUUUUGCUCCAAUUACAUGUGCUGGAAAACCUGAUCAGAUCAAACCAUGUGCAGAGUGGAGCUGUCCAGAUUGUUCGCGAAAUUGUACCAUUGGAACACUGAAUACCGCAUGUGAUGCAUGUACAUGUGAUCAUCACGUGCUCACUGGACGAGUUUUGACAGUAAAUGACGCACCUCUGUCAGAAGUGAACAUAUCACUGGCAGAAACACCCUACAGAAUUCUUGCACAAACAAAUGUCAGCGGAUAUUUCACAGCACCUGGUGUCUGCGCGGAUGUGCAAGAGCUAUUAGUGACAAAAAUAGGUUUUGUUCCCGUGACACAACGAGCCAAUGUUCUGACUUCAACAACGGCCACUAUUAUCGCAAAGAUGGAAUUUGCAGUUCCGCCAUUUGUGACAGUUCAUCCAGAGAGCAAGAUUCGUAUGCCUGGCCAGAGUGUCACAUUUUGUUGUGAGGGACAGGGAAACCCUCCACCAGAAAUUGAAUGUUACAACAACAACCUUGAAAUCGUCGCUGACCAUGGGCUCAAUGGAAGUUAUCGGUGCAGGGCAGUUAAUAACUUUGGAUCUGAAUUCUCUGACACAGCUACCCUAACGAUAGUUGGGUUAGAUGUCGAUUCCUGUCCUUCGGCACCGAAAUCCAAAAUUGUUACUCUUCCUGAGGGAUGUGUUGAAAAUGCCACUGGCGGUAACCUCUUGGACGUUGGCGAAUGUGAGCCUGUUGCAUGCUUGAAAAAUGACUCUUUGUUCAAUUCUUCAUGUCAAGAUCCGACUUUCUGCUGUGGACCUGGAGAUACCAUAAGUGUUUUAGUUGACUGUAGAGGUAUUCUGUCGUUUGAUAUCUCAAAAGUAAUAAGUUGUUCAUGUGGUAGUUGUUCUCAAACGGCAACGAAUCUACAAGGCAUUGUAGUCGGUGGUCCAGAGGAAGAACCCAUGAGAUAUGGUGAUGUUAUUUAUGAUAACAAAAUCGUCACUUACACUGACGAAGACGGAAAAUUUUCCUUCGAAAUCCCGAGAAAAGUUAACCGAGUUGCAGUGACCUUCAAGGAUUCGUACUACAAAGAAUUUGAGGAGAGAACCAAGGUUUUUCUAUUCAAUGAAGGAAGUACUGGCUUCUAUAAAAUCACACUAAAACGAACGCCCUCCCCGGUCUCAUUUAAUGCUUCAGAACCUCUUGAAAUUCCUCUACGAAAUGAUCCAAAUAUCGAAAGUUUCGCCGACCUCGAACUCCCUGAGGAAUCAUUCCUCUCAGAGGAUGGUUCUCUCUUUCAAGGAAAUGCGAAGGCGAUCGUAAGUGUUACUGAUUCUCGUAACCUUUCAGAUGUCAUAAGUGCACCUGGAGAUUUUACUACAACUGAUGAAGAAGGCGAAGAAGAAAUUUUAGAAACGUUCGGCAUGAUGAAGAUGAAAUUUGAAGAUGAUAAUGGAAAGCAGUUAGCCUUGUCAAAACCGAUGAAGGUCUAUCUUGAUCCCGAGAGACUCAAUAUAAGCGUUCCAAAUGGACCAAGCGUCCCUAUGAAGCUUUACUGGCUGGAUAAGAAAACCCAGCGGUGGAGAGAAGCUGGGGACUUUAAGAUUGAAGACGGAAAUAAACGAAGAAGGAAGCGCUCCAACAGAGUAUUUUUCGUCGGAACAAUCACUCCCGUGUUGGCACAAGCCACAGACCUCAACUUUGACUGGCCUCAUGUAAGAGUUGGUUUAAGAGUAACAACAGAUCCCCCAAGAGCAGGUGUUAUUGUUAGAGUAAUUCGAAAAGAAGAAGGUGCUUACAGAGGGUUCACCGAAAAAACCACCACAAGCUCGGGUUCAACUUGCAUUCCAAUAUGGCGCAAUAAGCAAUGUGUUCUACAAGCUGAAUCCGGUGGUCGAUAUCUCAUGCCAGUGCAAAGCAGUGUUAAUAACCUUCCGAACUACACAGAAGCCCGCGUGGGUCAAAAAACUGAUGAAAACACACGAGCAACAAUCUGGUGGAUUUCUUUUAAAAGUAUAUUAUAUGAAAAUAGCGUAGAGAGAACUCCAAUGUACAAAGUAAACGUUUCCACUGAACAGAACGCAUGUCAAUCUCCUCAAUACCUGGAAGGAAGUUCUCAGUUCACUUUUCGAGAUGCUGCAACAUCAACUGAUAAUUCUUCCAUUUUGGAUACUACAAAAUCUUGGAUUCCAGGAGGCUGUUAUAUUAAGGUGAAAAUUUAUGGCGAAAAUGCCAUAUUUGCCGCGGAAAGUUACCAGGAAAACAAAUUGAAUGAAAAAGGAAGGUCGGGUUUACACCUUUUAAUGUCGAGAAAUAUUUCUGCAGGCGACACGAAGAUUGCUUGCCUUCAGAUCAGCUGCCCUAGCAAAAACCAGUUUACAUAUGUGAAGAUCGCACCUCUUACUCAAACUUGCAUAUUUCGAAAUGUCCACGAAGGAUUGAAAUACGUGCAGUAUCCAGAGUGCCCAAAAGAUUUCACAAGACCUGUGUGUGCAGCACCACCACCUGCUAGGCAAGGACAAGCAAAGUGGGUCUGGAUACCAGUGAGUGGUAACGGUCAGACAAUUUAUAAGAUUUUUCGUGGUGAAGGAAGGCUUGGAAAAUACGGUGAAGCAAGAUGCCUUGAAGGACAGCAGAGUGUUCAACAUUCCAAAGCUAAUACAAUAACUGACGGCGGAGAGGCUCUGGAAUACGACUGCAGGUUGAAUGACGAUGGUUUUAAGAGCACGGUAAGAGCAUACAACUGGCCAAGUAAUGGGGAUAAGUGUUUUGUAAAAAUUAAAGUCACCGGACGAAGAGCAAUGUUCAGAGCUGAGAGUUAUGCACCGAACAAGCGAGACCUUUAUGGUAACAGCACUGAUGUAACUCGACCGACUCUGCAGUACGGGGAGCCAGACGUUUCUGUCGCCUGCCUUGAGUUUAGAUGCAGUGAUGUACUUAGUAAUGGAUCUCUAAUCAAUAACACGUAUAUUGUAGUCAGGCCAAUUUCGAAUGACUGCAAAUUCGUGAAAUUAGGACGUAAGUUCAAUUUUUAUCAGAGCCAAUGCCCAUAUUCCAUGCCCCCUCAACAGGGAGAGGUCCGUUCUUUGUGUGACGUCCCAAUACCGUAUGGUAGCGAUCCGUCUCCAGGUUUGUAUAACAAUCGGAUCUUGUCGACGCCGGAGAGCAGUUGCAGAGUUGGAUAUCUGGGUUCGGGGAUAACUCCCUCUGGCACAUAUUCUAAGGGAUAUGCUUUACAUUUUCAGUGCUCUUAAUAUAAGCAUUUAACUUACCUAACGGACUUUCUUCUUUUUUCUUCUUUUUUCUAUUACCAAGAGAGGAUUUCCUCUCUUGAUAAUACUUGGGAGGGGGGAGGGGUUACUUAAGGAAAGUUUGAGUAGAAAUAUUCAGCUGAUGAUGUCUUUGAAUGGUCUUUAUACUAAGCGCAUGUGGCCUCUUAGACUAAAUUAGUUUUCAGACGGACAAGUAUAGUGUUUCUAAGAAAGCAUUCAGAAAGCUUGUAUGUACCAGGCUUAGAGCAGCUGCUAUGUAUUCAGCUAAAACUUAAUUUGAACAAUAGGAGUUUUCUAUUCAAUUAGCUUUUAGGGGGGAAAGAAUAUAUAAGAAAACAUACUCACAAGGUUUUUGCUCCUUUUGGAAGUUCAUAUACCUAUGUACUGCCUUAUAGAAUGUUCAUAACUUUAAUGGCUUAAUUUCUUUAAUUUCUGUGGAUUACUUAACUUCUUUGCGCUCUGCUGAAGGUCGGCGAAAUUGUGACGCUUUGAAUAUGAAACAGUUGUCAGGAGGAAAAACAGCUUAACGGAGUGCAAAGAUAGCAAUUCAAAAGGGUGUCAAUUAUAACCCACAUUCAUUAAUUUGGCUUUAAAGAAUCAAGGAGGUAGAGUGCAAGGGGGUUCUUGAAACUUACCGUUUAAAAUUUUUGCAUACUAGAGGAAGUUGUUUUUCAUUUAUUUUGAUUGUUUGGCAAAGAACAAGUCUGAGUCCCCCAUGAGAAACGCGACUUCGAAGCUCACCAACUGAGCCUCAAGGAACUUAAGGACAGCGAGGCCAUGACUGGGUAGUAUGGGUUUAUAUGGGACAAGGAAUCUGCAUAUAUGUUACCCGUACUCCAAGAACCACAAAGAACUCUUAAUAACUAACGCUUCUAGAAGAAUAUAUUUCUUCUUUCUUAUUUUUCAAAAACUACAACAACCGCUCUUUUUUAACUGUUCCGGAUGUUGCCACGUCACAAGUCACAUGUUGCCAUUACGUUUACGCUCUAACAUAUAGCGCUAGAAUCAGCAAUGUCGUAUUUGAUUUACUCGCACAAUGUUGUCGACAUGACCAAUUUUUCGCGGCGAUAUGAAUAUCAGCCAUCUUUAUCCAAUAACGAGAUCUUGAAUUCCACCGUGUUUCCUUUUACAUAGAUGCCCCGGUACAUUCUUUUACAUAUCAUUACACUGAGUUAAAUGAUAAAAUGCAACUUAGCAACACUUUG